AUGGAUCCCAAUGAAAUGCCUGCUAUGCCCUGCUCCCUCCCCGACUCCACCACUGGACUUGAGACCAGAGCCCCAUGUGGGAUUGAACUUGGCCCCAGAAGAUCUAUAGAUCACUGUGCCCGCUGCCACAACCACGGCAUCACUGACCAAAUCAAGGACGAGGAGCACCUCUGCCUCUUCCAGGCCUGCGAGUGUGACAAGUGUGUUCCCUUCUCGGAACACUACAGCAUCUUGCCUGCUGAACGUGACUUGAAGGUGGAGCAGGGGCCAUACGUAAGGAGGCGCCCGACUCGAGGACGGAUAAGGAGCGGGACUACCUCUCCCAGAGCUCACAGCCGUGCCAAGAAGUUGGGCGCUCGAGCAAGAGUCCCCAACGAUCUUCCAAGGCGCUCUGCUGCUCGGUCAAGUCUUGGACUCUUUGUCUCUGUCCUGGACUCCAGCACCCUUGAAGAAGCAACUAACAAUUUCUCUUUUGAGGAAGUCAUACAGAUCCCCUGCCCUGCCCAGCAGGCUCCCGAAGCUUCCAACCAGGCCUCGGUUUCUGCCUCCUCAGAGUGGCAGCGAAAACUGGAAGCAGCCGAGGCUCUGCUGGCUCUGAGAGAAUCUUCCUAG